GAUCUGUUUGGGAACUCAGAUGGGCGUUUUAACUUAUCUCUCAGAACUCUAUUCUGACUUUACUGAUAGCCUUAACAACAAGAAGGAAAAGAAGCAAUUUCAGAUGGUGGAGAUAAAGAUAAGACUUGAUUGCGAGGGUUGCGAGAAGAGAGCGCGUCACUCGGUUAAAGGAAUGAAGGGUGUAACUAAAGUGGAAGUCGAAGCAAAAGAAAGUAAGCUGACAGUAUAUGGUUUCGUUGACCCUAAGAAAGUGUUGAAGAGGGUGAGACGAAAAACUAAGAAGGCGGCGGUGAUGUGGCCAUACGUAAAGCAUGAUUUGGUGUAUCAUCCAUAUAUUGCUGGUGCAUAUGAUAAGAAGGCGCCGCCAGGUUAUGUUCGUAAUGUCAACGAUGAUCCUAACAUUGGACAACUCGCACGCGCUUCCUCGCUUGAGGAGAGAUAUGCGACUGCUUUCAGUGACGAGAAUCCUAAUUCUUGUAAUGUUAUGUGAAAUGAAGGAUUUUUAUUUUGGUGUAGGAUUUUGAAAUUAGUGAUGCUUUUUUAAUGUUGGUUUGUAAAGUUUUUUGUAGGAUGGAAA